AUGGCUCCGAGAAAGGAGUACCGAAAAGCCGUGGACAUACCUUACGCUGUAGCAGAGAAUGCGUUCUCGUGUUUGCCUCCCCUCGCUCACAGCAAAGAGAACUACCAGACGUUGUACACAAACAAAUCAUUCAAGAAUGCGCCUUCCUGGUCCGCUGGUUGCAAACUCAUUAACAGCUUGAAGGCAUUGCUCGACGGGAGUGGGGGGUGCGGCAUACACCAGAAAAGUUUGUCAGAACACAUGAACACGUGGGUGAACAAUCAAGGUCUGGAUUGGACCGACGACAUGAAAGAGAGAGCCUGUUUCAAUUUGCGAUGCUUGUUGUCCCAACUGUUGAACCACAAGUCAAAUUCAAGGUCAAUUCCAUCCAGUUGGCAGCAGAAGUAUUCAGUUCUCUGGGAUAAGUUAUCAGGUCAGCCACAAGCAUCGCCUACGCGAGUUGCUCAGCAUGCCUCUGGGGCGGCCUCCAGCGAUGUGGAAGUAACGGGGGAAGGCGACAAUAAAGCAAACACUGAGGUGGUCGAUGUUUCUGAAUGCGAAUCCUCGUCGAGCAUCGUCGACAAGUCGGCGCUGUUCAGCAGCGCUGAUCCAGCUUUGGACUCAAUCCUGAAGGCAGGCGGCACCGCGCCUGAAGCUAAGAUCUCAUCGACCCAGCCUUCUGUGGAUACGACUGGGCGCGCUGAGGUGGCACCAAAAGAUGUUGAGCGACUUUCUUCAUCGGGGGCGGGGGCCGUCACGUCGCGGCAGUUUGCGCAGUUGAAUUCCAAGCUCAAGGAGGAUCAGCGGUCGAAGUCAACUAAGAGAAUCGGUAAGAAGAUCAAGCCUGAGAAGGUUCGUAGGAAGCCAGCAAAAGCUCCAGGGAAUGCAACGAUCAUGAGACGACCUGCUAGUGCUGACACGCUGUGCCAAGCGUAUCUCAAGCGCGAGCACUCCAAGGCUUUCCAUGCAGCCAGGGUGACUGCGAUGAGCAACGGGAAGACACCCGAUGAGGUUAGGGAAGCGAGCUCCGAGGCAGGCAAGGCUUGUUUAGAGGAGAUCCGCGAACUGUUUAAAGCGAAGCGCAUCGAUAGGGUAGGACAGCCGCUCGAGGGGGGCGACUAG